CGAGGAGGUAUAAAAGCAAACCCGAUCGGAGCACACAACAUUCGUUAACCAGCAGAGAAGUUGAAACUGCAGUAGCAGAAGCAUUAUCGAACGCAACAUGAGAGUUUACCACUUGCUGCUGAUUGGAUUCGGUUUGGCGGUGAUCGCCGGCGGUCGGGAGGCACUGGCCAAUCCACCCAGGAUUGAGGUUACGCCUUGUACUCCAACUCCGGAACCAUGCACCACAACCACAUGCACUCCGGAGCCGUGCACCACCACUACAUGCACUCCGGAGCCGUGCACCACGACCACAUGCACUCCGGAGCCGUGCACCACCACUACAUGCACUCCGGAGCCGUGCACCACCACCACGUGCACUCCUCCUCCAUGCACCCCACCGCCGGAGCCGUGCACCACCACUUGCACUCCUCCACCAUGCACUCCGCCUCCAGAGCCGUGCACCACCACCUGCACUCCUCCUCCGUGCACCCGAACCCCACCACCCUGCACCCACCCCCCUCCCUGCACCCGAGAGCCACCGCCGUGCACAAGGACCCCACCGCCCUGCACCGAAGAGCCACCGCCGUGCACCAGGACGCCCCCCUGCACCCCACCCUGCACCCCACCCUGCACCCCACCCUGCACCCCACCCUGCACCCCACCCUGCACCCCACCCUGCACCACAACCUGCACUCCCACCUGCACCCCUCCCUGCACCACCACUUGCACCACAACCUGCUCUCCACCACUCACCACUACGCCCCUUAUUCCACUUCCCGAAAAUCUUGUUGAUUCCACCGAUGCCGUUGGUAUCGAGACCAAAGAACUCGCCCAGGUGCUGGUCUCGCGCCACGACUGCCGUGGCCAGGACGACGGUACCUUCCUGGCCGACGUGCGCCACUGCCGCCGCUACUACGUGUGCAGCCGGCAGAGGUCCAGGCGCCAGAACUGCCCCAGCGGCACCUGGUUCGAUCGCCAGCUGAAGACAUGCCGCCAGGCCAGUCUCGUCGACAACUGCGACGCCAGGCGCAACUAGGAUUGCCACGCCGGCUAAGGCUCACUUGGCAAAGCAAAUUGGAUUUACAGAAUUUUUUUUCACUUUUUCAAAGAACAUAGCAAGCCAAGUGUGAAUUAAUGGUUAACUAUUCCAAAGCAAUAAAUAAAUGUGUCACUGAUUAUACAAGAAA